AUCGAUGCGGGGGCCCCGGGGGCUCCCCUAGACCUACUCUCUCUUGGCAACCGCGCCCCGAGAUCGCGGUCCCUGCGCCCAAGGGCUGUCGCGGGUUCGCGGGGCCUCCUGCCGCUGACUACCCCAUUAGAGCUCGGGGUCCCUGCCACCCUCCUGCCUCCCAUCUCUUCCUAGCUGGGGCUAGGGCUCCGGACCCCCCGGAGUGCGGGAGUUUGGGAGGGAACAGCAAAGGGGGGCGCAGAGGGUGAGUCGCCCCCCUAGGUGGAUCCACUGGCUUGGCGCCCCCCAUCUCGGAAUUAGGAGUCCCCCUCCCCCUUUUCCCCGGAGCCCUCCUCCCACGCGGAUCGUGGGGGCGUCCCGACCCUGCGGGAGGACUCCCCGGGUGGGGAGAGGCGAAGCCCGCACACAGAGGGCAGGGUGUGGCCCCCACCUCUAGCCUACGGACUCAGGCGUCCUGCGGGGCCCGCGCGGCCCGCCUCGGGGCUGAGUCCACGCUCCCGGCCCGGCGCUCCGGGCUGCCGCCUCCCCAGCCUGAGCAAGUCGCUUCCCAACAGGCCUGCGCCCGGGUGUGGUGCCGAGCCAGGUCCUGGGCGCACUGGGUGGCCCCUGGCCCGUUCCAGCCCUGGGUUGCUCUCUGUAAACAAGCAAGGGUCCCCAGCAGGCUCUGGGCUGCCCUGCAAGGCGCUUUGCCUUUCUGGACCUCGGUCUCCUUAUCUGUGAAAUGGGGAAUCAGAGCCCUUAUCAUGCAGCGUUGCCAGGAGGAUUCAGUGAGUGGGUGAUGGGUAGCCCGGCUCCCUGCAUGCGUUCCUUCGUGUUAGAGGGAAGUGGCUGGGCUGGGGGUCAGAGAAGGGGGGGAGUGUGUCACUGGCAAACUCGUGGUGAGGCUGGCCUUGAACGGUUGAACAAUGGACAACCCCAAGACUAACAGCUGCUGGCACUGACCGAGCACUUGCAAGCCCUGUGCUUCCCUUGCCACAUCUGCUCGAAUCCUUGCAACAACGCUGUGUGACCCCACGUCUCUGCCCCCUGGGCCACCUGCAGGACGCUGGCCCCUGCCCCUCAGUAGACACCAGAAAGAGAUGAGUAGCAACAGAGAGCAGCGGUCAGCAGUGUUCGUGAUCCUCUUUGCCCUCAUCACCAUCCUCAUCCUCUACAGCUCCAACAGUGCCAAUGAGGUCUUCCACUAUGGCUCCCUGCGGGGCCGCACCCGCCGGCCCAUCGACUUUAAGAAGUGGAGCAUCACCGAAGGCUAUGUCCCCCUUCUUGGCAACAAGACGCUGCCCUCCCGGUGCCGCCAGUGUGUGAUUGUCACCAGCUCCAGCCACCUGCUGGGCACCAAGCUGGGCCCUGAGAUCGAGCGGGCUGAGUGCACAAUCCGCAUGAACGAUGCCCCCACCACGGGCUACUCAGCCGAUGUGGGCAACAAGACCACCUUCCGCGUGGUGGCCCAUUCCAGCGUGUUCCGUGUGCUGCGAAGGCCCCAGGAGUUUGUCAACCGGACCCCCGAAACCGUGUUCAUCUUCUGGGGCCCCCCGGACAGGAUGCGGAAGCCCCAGGGCAGCCUCGUGCGUGUCAUCCAGCGAGCAGGCCUGGCGUUCCCCAACCUGGAGGCCUAUGCCGUCUCUCCCAGCCGCAUGCGCCAAUUUGACGACCUCUUCCGGGGUGAGACGGGCAAGGACAGGGAGAAGUCCCAUUCGUGGCUGAGCACAGGCUGGUUCACCAUGGUGAUUGCGGUGGAGUUGUGUGACCACGUGCACGUCUAUGGCAUGAUCCCCCCUGACUACUGCAGCCAGGGGUCCCGCGCGCAGCGCAUGCCCUACCACUACUACGAGCCCAAGGGCCCGGACGAGUGCGUCACCUACAUCCAGAAUGAGCACAGCCGGAAGGGCAACCACCACCGCUUCAUCACCGAGAAGAGGGUCUUCUCGUCCUGGGCCCAGCUGUAUGGAAUCACCUUCUCCCACCCCUCCUGGACCUAGGCCGCCUGCCGGGGGUGGGGCAGGGGGGCCCCUCGCCAAGGGCACGGGAGGAGCGGUGCUCCGCCCAGCCGCCGGACCAAGGACCAGCUCCCGGCCAAUCGAGGCUGGCCCGCGUGUCUCCCGGCCAAUCGAGGCCUUGAAGAGGAUGUAUCCUCCCGCUAGUCAGGGCUUGUGGGUAUUUCUUGGCCAAUCAGGGAUUUGGGCUUCGGUGUGGUUAAUCAGGGGUGUCAAGGGUAUUUCUUGUCCAGUCAGGGUCUGAGCAGUCAAUCAGGGUAUUUCUGCGUAAUCUGAGGCUAAGAACGUUUUCUUUCCCAUGAGGUCUUGGUUCAGAGCCCCAGGAUGGACCUCAAAUCACUUCCUCUUGGUUGGGACAAUGGCGUCCUGUCCCAAGGAGCUGGGAGCUUUGCGUUGCCCCCUCACUCGCCAGAGCCAGGAAGAGAGCUUGUGUGAGGGUGGGAGCUGUCUGAAGGCCGGCCCAGGGCAUUUGUGGGGUUGUCUGUGUUGGGGGGCAUCCCAGAGGUGAGAGGCCAGCGUCUGGAUCUUCGGUCUGCCCAGAGUGGCCUUGAACAAACCUCUUGCCCCCUCUCUGGGCACCUUUCUGCCUGUGUCAGGUUCUAACGUGGAGUCUGUGACCCCCUGCCACCUCCCUCAAUGACCGCCUCGAGCCUGUCCUCCCUAAGGCUGGACACCUCCAAUCACCACCCUUGCUGGGGGGCUCAGCUCCCUGGGGGUCUGGGGUUCCCUUCUCCACCGCCUCUUGGAAAGUAGACGGUGUUUUUGCGCAAACUCCCCCAGGGUUUGGGGGACUCUGAUAGGAAAGGGACAAACCUUCAGCUCUUCUCUCAGCCCCUCUGCCCAGCUGCUAUUAGCUUGGCUCUUAAAGAGCCAGGCUCUCUUUUCUGCCAUCUGACUGUGAGGCUUUCCACCUGUUAGAGGAGCCUUUGGGGCUGAGAAAGGGGGAUCCCAGCCAAACUGGGGUUUCAUGCAGCCCCUUUGUCCGCAGCUGCUGGAGUUAUCCAAGGGUCUUCCCCACCUGGGUCUGGGAAGGCUCUAGGGGGCCAGGAACUCUGUCACCUGGGUUCUGGCUUCUACAUCAGGCACUUUAUUGCUGGGCCUCAGUGGGGUGGGUUUGCCCCCUGGUCUUCCAGAGCCUGGAAGGGAAGGCUGGAGGGCUUCCUGGAGGAGGCUGUGGAGUGAGAGGGGUCAGGUGGAGGAGGCAGAGGCCAGCAGCGAGCCAUUGCACACUGGGGUGGUGGGGUGGGGGCCGGCAGCUACUCCAGACUUGGUUUUGUAAUGAUUUGUACAGGAAUAAAUGCACCUAAACUCCCA